AUGUACCCCACAGUUGAAAAAGAAUUAUUAAAUUAUGUUCAAAUAAAACAGGCAGAAAGGAUAGCAGUUACUGCUUCUAUGAUUGGAAGAAAGGCGAGAGAAUUAAGGAAGACUUUAGAUAUUCAAGAUGCAAAGUUCUCCUCUGGUUGGACACAACACGCACAAAAACUUCCAGAAGAUAUGCUCUUAGUUGUUAAAGAAUUCCUUCAAACUUCACGUGAAAAAACAAAGGACAUUGAAAAAAAAUUUAUUAUCCCUUUUGAUGAGACACCAAUGUGGUUUGACAUGCCCCGAAAUACAACAAUCGAUUUUGAAGGCGUUCGGCAAGUUUCCACGAGACGUUGUGGUGACUCGGCACCUUGUGCAAAUAUGAUAGGAGAUUUAAUGAUCUCCACUUAUAUUCCACAAGUUAUUCGGGCCAGACUGAAUGGGUUCUUUAAAAGUAAAGGUAUAAUCUUUGUUGAUCGCCAUCGCAGUCAUGUUCAUAAUGAUGUAGUUAAAGCAUUAAAGAUGAUACCUGGUGGAACCACUUGCGUCUUGCAACUUCCCGAUGUAUUAGUAAACAAGCCAUUUAAAAAUAGCAUGACACGAAGGUGGGAAAAAUGGAUGGAUGAAGGGAAAGGUGGGUUUACUAAAAAAGAAAACCGCAAAAAAGCAUCAUAUGAAUUGGUAUGGGAAUGGGUAUCUGAAACGUGGAGGGAAAUCAGUACAGAUCUUUUGGCUAGAUCUUUUGAAGCAGCCGGGCUUAUGCUUAACCCUAAUGGCAGUGAAGAUGACAAGAUGACAAGCUAUCUUCGAGCUAUUAUUGCAAACCGUAUAAAUGAGGUGUGUUUUUUCGAGGAAGAAAAUAAUGAAUCAUCAAAUCAGGAUAGUGUAGAUAAUGAAUCAAAUCUUGACGAUGAAUUUGGUGAUGAACUUUACAGUAAAAGUGCGACAGAUGAUGACUCUGAAGAUAUGAUAGACAUCGAAUAA